AUGGCGACAGAAACCAAAACGCGCGGAAGAGUUUGGGAGCAUAAAGAAACCCUCCUGUUGCUUGAAAAGUGGGGAGACGAGAAUAUCCAGCUUAAGCUAAAAUCAUGUAGACGAAAAAAGUCUAUAUGGCUAGAAAUUGCGGCAUAUCUUCGAGCUGCAGGCUACGAAGACAGAGACGACAGCAGUUGCAAGACACGAAUUCACACUCUGAUAAGCGCGUACAGAAGUUACAAAGACGAAUGCACCAAGACGGGAAAUGCCACAUCAAAGAAAAAGCCGGCUUUCUUCGACGAAGUGGACCAGCUAAUGUCGGACAAGCCAUGUACAAAACGAAAGGCGAUUAUAAAGUCCGCAACAAUUUCCAUUGAUGGCGACGGUGAUGGAGAAGAAACAAAAGCAGAAAACGUUGAGCCGAACUUAAACAUCCCUGGCAGCAGCAACGAAAGGUCCGAAAACCUUGAGAAACCUUUCAAC